ACCUCUCUGGUUUGGUACCCACCCGAAAGCAAUUUACACUCUGCAAUAGAUAAUGCAUUUGGAAGGCAGUGAGAGAAUUCUUACGGACAAAAUCGCCUCUUCAAAUGAUUACGCUCUUCAGAUUCUACAAACCCUUCAUCCCAAUCCCACCCUCUCUAAUCACUCGCCCGCAAUCGUUCCUCCGCCGCAAAAUCUCCAUCGGCGGCGCCAGAUUCCGUCCUCUGAACUCGAAUGCUCAAUCUCGGCCGCUAGUCACCCAGAAAACUCGCGACAAUGGCGUCGGUGGAACGGAGAGCAGUAAACCUAGUUUUUCAGAGCUGUGGUUGUACAAUACGAUGAGCAAGCAGAAGGAAGUGUUCACGCCAAAGGUGCCUGGUAAGGUCGGCAUGUACGUGUGCGGCGUAACUGCGUACGAUCUUAGCCACAUCGGCCACGCUCGUGUCUAUGUCUGCUUCGACGUCCUCUACAGGUUCCUCAGGCACUUGGGAUAUGAAGUGAAUUAUGUCCGCAACUUCACUGACGUUGAUGACAAGAUAAUUGCCAGAGCAAAGGAGCUAGGGGAGGAUCCCAUUAGUUUGAGCAGACGUUAUUCUGAAGAAUUUCAUCAUGAUAUGGUGCAUCUUCACUGCCUGCCUCCUACUGUGGAGCCUCGUGUCUCAGAUCACAUGCCCCAAAUCAUAGACAUGAUCAAGCAGAUACUUGAUAAUGGUUGUGCCUACAGAAUUGAUGGAGAUGUGUACUUCUCUGUAGACAAGUUUCCAGAAUAUGGAAAGCUGUCUGGGAGAAAAGUUGAAGAUAAUAGGGCAGGUGAACGGGUUGCGGUGGACUUGAGGAAGAAAAAUGCUGCUGAUUUUGCUUUGUGGAAAUCUGCAAAGGAGGGGGAGCCCUUCUGGGAGAGUCCAUGGGGUCCUGGAAGACCUGGAUGGCAUAUCGAGUGCAGUGCCAUGAGUGCUGCUUAUUUAGGCUAUUCUUUUGAUAUACAUGGUGGUGGGAUGGAUCUCAUCUUCCCCCACCAUGAAAAUGAAAUUGCUCAGAGUUGUGCUGCUUGUGAAAAGAGUAAUGUAACCUACUGGAUACACAAUGGAUUCGUGACCAUUGACUCAGAGAAAAUGUCUAAGUCACUAGGAAACUUCUUCACUAUUCGGCAGGUUAUAGACCUCUAUCAUCCCCUUGCUUUGAGACUUUUCUUAAUUGGGACACACUACCGAUCUCCAAUCAAUUAUUCGGAUGUUCAGCUUGAAAGAGCAUCUGACCGAGUUUUUUACAUCUAUCAGACGCUACAUGACUGUGGAGUUAUUCUGAGCCAGCAGAAUGACGGAACUCAAAAGGGCUCAAUUCCACCAGAUGUCUUGAGUUGCAUCAAUAAGUUCAAUGAUGAAGUUCUGAUGUCAAUGUUUGAUGAUCUUCACACUCCUGUUGCCUUGUCUGCACUCUCUGACCCAUUGAAAAUCAUCAAUGAUUUGCUACACACUCGCAAGGGGCGGAAGCGAGAAUUGCGGAUGGAAUCUCUUGCAGCUUUAGAACAAGCUAUUAGUAAUCUUCUUUCUAUUUUAGGUCUUAUGCCAGCAAUUUACUCUGAGGUUUUGCAGCAGCUGAGGGAGAAAGCAUUAAAGCGUGCAAAAUUGACCGAAGAUCUAGUUCUACAAAAAAUUGAAGAGAGGACAACUGCGAGAAUGAACAAAGAGUAUGAGAAAUCGGAUGCAUUAAGGAAAGAUCUGGCUGCUGUGGGUAUCGCUCUAAUGGACAGCCCGGAGGGAACAACUUGGAGACCAGCUGUUCCUCUUGCAUUGCAAGAGCAGCAGGUUGCUGCAGCCUGAAUGGCUUCUGGGGAUGCCAUUGUUAAGAUUCAUCACAUCCUGCUUACAGUCUGGAGAUUUUCUUCUUGUUAAUGAAAGUCCUGGGUGGAACACUUAUUUAUGGGCCAUUAUUACAUGGAGGUAGAAGUAAAAAUGGGAAAAAAAUUUAGUGCCUUUAGGACUGGCCAGGGUUAAGGAUCAGUUCUCGACAUGAAGCCAUGGUUUUUGAUCAAUUGAAUUGGGACUAAUGUUGCUUGAAGUUACACUGUUUCUAGCAUUUUGUGGCCCAUUUUUAUAUUGAAACCAGCUCUGUAUGGUAAUCUCUUUACUUGCUAUAUUUUUCCUGAAUGGUUGUUGACAGACGCAAUCAAUAAUAAGUAGAUUUGUAUUUGUUUA